CUUCAUUCAAAGUGAUCCAAAUCCUCUUGACCCUAAUAGAGAUUUACUUUGGGUUAAGAAUUGGGUAAGAAAAACUGGUGAACCUAUGAGUUUUACGCCACAACAGAUCAAACAAUUACGUGAAGUUAAAUCACAAGGUCUUAAUCACCAACAUCAGGUCAUAAGUAGUAUUAUACAAACUCCUGAGACAACUCCAAAUGCUUCCGCCUCGAUAUGGAAUGCUUUAAUUAGUGUUGGUAAUACUAGUUUUGUAUUUCAGGUACUUGAUGCUUUCCAUUACAUAGCUAGCGAAGAAACUAUCAAGCUUGAGCUGAUAGAAUCUAGAUUCAAAAUUGAUCCGGAUUAUAAUGUCGCUGAUGCAUUUCUUUCAUAA